UCCGACGAACAGCACGCGACCUCCCAGUCUCGCUGUGCCCUCCUCUUUCCGAUCGGCGAACCACCGCCAGCAACCGACGAACCACCGCACUGGACCGGCGAGAGGGCCGCGAGCAAUCGACGAACCACUGCACGGGACUGGCGAGAGGACCGCGACCUCCCUCUCUCUCUCUGCCCUCCCUCUUUCCGACCGGCGAACCACCGCGAGCAAAUCAGAUGUUUUUGUAGAGAUCUCCCAUCGUCGCCUUCAUAUGGAGGACGACGUGAUGUCUCACAUCAACCUCGACGUCAUCGGCGCUUACUCCUCGACGAACGCGUCGUCGUCGUCUCCAGACUCGGGGCUCUCGUGGUUCGACGAGAUCGAGAACAUCCUGACGAAGGACGACGAUGUCCACGUGCUUGCUAAGCCGGGGGCUGAGCGGGCCGUGCCGGAGGGACUCGAGCUUCCCGCGGACCUUCGCUUCCCCUGCCCCUCACCGCCGGCUUCUCCCCGCCUCCUGCAAGAUGCGGCAGUGCGGCCUCAGUUCUGGGAGCAGGAGGCCGCGGGUCAAGAAGGCUUCGCCGGAUAGGCCGCCGUCGAUUGUGGUUAAUGGAGAGGGCGAAGAGGACGCUGCUUUGGCGGAGAGCGUGCGUAGCGCUGGUCGGGAAAUUGUGGCUGAUGAUUCCGAUGGAGUCGUGAUUGAUGUGGAGAACCAGAAUGCUGAUAGAACAGAAGCUUCCGACGGUACGGCGAUGGAGACAAAUUUGGCACCAUGUUUCGUUGAUGGAGUGACUCUCACCACAGUGAGGAAGAUGACUCUCCGCACUUCGAAUCUAAGGUGAAUGAGCUUAAGAAAGCUAUGGGACCACUCUCUGGGUGAAGUUUGAAGUAUUGUGAUGAUGCAUGCUUGAGGAGAUACUUGGAAGCUUGAAACUGGAACAUAGAUAAAGCAAAGAAAAUGUUAGAUGAGACGCUGAGGUGGAGAUCAGCUUUUAAGCCUGAGGAAAUCAGCUGGGUAAGAUGGCUAAGUGUCCCGGUGAAUGAAUACCUGCGCGAGUAUUGUGAUAGAUAAUUUAUGCCAAUGGUUGUUGCCUGUUAAACUUCAGUAGACAUCUGAUCCUUGUUACCCUAACUAUUGUGUUGACCUGAUAAUUAAUUUUAUUUCGUAGACUAAGUUCCUGGUAUGGAGAAGAACUGAUUUUGUGAAUGAAUGCGAAUGCAGGAUUGGUGUUAGUCAACAAUAAUUGAGUGGCUCUCAUUUUUUGUCUUCUAUGAGACUGCCAUGAUGCAGUGAUAUGAAGCAUUAGGUGUUGGAGAGUUUAUUGUUCAAGGGACAAUAAGUGUCCCAGUAUAUUUUCACUCAUGCUGUUUCCAAAAUCAUCAUUAGACCGUUUUAGUUGACAAUAUGGCUAAUGAGCAGGUUGUGUUAGACAUGCAAUAGUACUUAUUGGGACGCCAAAUAAUGCUUCCAUUUGACAAUGCGAUGCUUACUGAAAACAGGAGGAAAGUUGCUAUUGAAGGUGAAACUGGAAAAGUAUACAGAGCAAGUUUUCAUGAUCGUUAUGGAAGGAGUGUUCUUAUAUUGAGACCUGAAAUGCAGGAAUUUAUCCAUCCUGUUGCUAAUUUCUGUAGCUUUUAUUUGCUCUUACCUAUUAACUUGGC